CAGUGUCUGCUUGUUAAUUAUUGAUUUGAAUGUUAAUAAUUUAAGUGGACUUUGUAAAGUCUUGGCAAAGGGCAGAAUUUGAACUUAGUGGCUCAGAUGAAUGGAGUUCUGGAAUGAUCAAGUGUUUGUCUUUUACUCAUGCAUGAACAAUUAAGGUACAAUGAAGUCACUUACAAACCAGUCGCAUUUCAUUAUUGGAUUGUUUUUGGCCUUGUCUGUUAUCACCCCGAGCUGCAGCGGAGGUAAAGUUUUACUGUAUCCUGUCGAUGGAAGCCACUGGGUCAAUAUGAAAGUCCUGAUAGAAGAGAUGCACUCCAGGGGCCACAACAUCACCAUCAUCCGACCCAAAUCCAGCUGGUACAUCACGGAAAAGUCCCCUCUCUACACUUCCAUCACAAUCCCAGAUGAAACAAAUGAAUCUGAGAACUUUUUUGAAGAGUAUUUAUGGAAAGUGAUGCAAAUAGAGAGAGGCGAUGGUUCUGGACUGUCAUUCUUGCAGCUCCAGGUCGAUUUGUUCAUGAUGCUGUCAAAAGCACAUUAUAUUUCUUGUAAAAUGGUGUCGGACAUUUUAGAAGACAAGACACUUGUGAAAAGACUUCAGAAUGAACAUUACGACCUGGUGCUCACCGAUCCUGCCAUAGCAGGUGGGGUGAUUUUAGCUCAUUAUCUAAAACUCCCUCUUGUUCUAAAUGUACGAUGGAUCACCAGCGGUGAAGGACAUUUUGCUGUAGCACCAUCUCCGAUGUCUUAUGUACCAUUACCAGGCACUGGUCAUACAGAUAAAAUGAGUUUCACUCAAAGGGUUAAAAAUGUUUUAUUUCAAAGCUUUAUUUUCUUCCAAGAUAGAUUUGUGGUGGGUCCACAUUAUGAUGCACUAAUAGAGAAGUAUUUGGAUUACAAAACAGACAUUGUUAGCCUCAUUCAAGCUGCUGAUAUCUGGCUCAUGAGGGCUGAUUUUGUCUUCGAGUUUCCGAGACCAACAAUGCCAAAUGUUGUUUACAUGGGUGGAUUUCAAUGCAAACCUUCCAAGCCUCUUCCUGCAGAUCUGGAAGCGUUUGUGCAGAGCUCAGGAGAACACGGUUUUAUUAUUAUGUCUUUGGGAACACUUGUUAAAAGUCUCCCCGCAGACAUGGCGAACGAUAUUGCGGCCGCUUUUGCUAGUUUACCUCAGAAAGUCAUCUGGAGACACCUUGGAGAUCGCCCAUCCACUGUGGGCAACAACACUCUAAUCGUGGACUGGAUACCACAGAAUGACCUCCUGGGACAUUCCAAGAUCAAAGCCUUCGUAGCCCACGGAGGAACAAAUGGAGUGCAGGAGGCCAUAUACUAUGGGGUACCGAUCUUGGGCAUCCCUUUGUUCUUUGAUCAGUUUGACAACUUAUUACGUGUUCAGGAGAGAGGAGCGGGUAAGAUACUUAAGUUGUCAGAGUUCAGUGGCCAUACUUUUGGACAAGCCCUACGGGAAUUGCUUGGUGAUGCCUCCUACAGGAGGAACAUGCAGAGACUCUCAAGUCUACACAGGGACCAGCCAAUGAGGCCUUUGGACUCAGCUAUCUUCUGGAUCGAGUAUGUGAUCAGAAAUAAAGGUGCGACUCACCUGCGCUCCAAGUUCUACAAGAUGCCGUGGUACUCGUACCAUUCUGUGGAUGUGGUUUUGGUUCUUUUCACUAUUGUUGCUGUGUUUGUGCUUUCUAUAGUUGCAAUAAUCAGAUAUGUGUGUUAUAAAACAUGCUGUAAACGAAAAAUGAAAACUGAAUGAUGCUAUCUAGAUGAUUUUUAAAUUAGAUUAGAUUAGAUUUGCCAAAAAAAACCUAAAAUCAUUAAAGGAUUUACCAUUGCCAGAUGAUUAGGUCGAUCAUGUCAAAUACAUUUUUUUAAAAUGUUGCAAAAGUUUUUUACACAAAGUUUGUUUUAGAAGUGACAAAUUAAUAUUUAAAACAAUACUGACAAACCUCAUAAUGUGUAUCUUUAACUACAACCUUGCUGAAAAAUCCAGCAUAAACCAGCAUGAAUGAAUUCCAUGUUGGUCCAGGGGUGCGUUUCCCAAAAGCAUCGUUAGCCAACUAACAUCGCAAGUUCCAUCGUUACUAACAUAGUUUGGUGUUUCCCGAAACCAUAGUUCAAACAAACAAUUGCAAACUGCAUCGCAAACUUGUGUGGUUGGAACGACAGCUCUCGAGCCGUGGUUAGAAGCAUAGUUUCUUGUUUUUAUGACAUGUGGACUUAAUAAAUCGUUAUCUUGAGCAAAAUAAGCAAGCUGACAUUAAGUACAAUGUAUAUCUUUUAUUUCGAAUAUAUACAAAUGUCAUUUAUAUAUUUCAGUUUGUCAAGAGAUUUAAAGCACCGUUUCUGAAGAGUGCGCAUGUGCGUACGUGCUCUAGUACGUAAGAACAAGCAUUUGAUUUAAUCUGGAAAUAAACCAAAAUAACUGAGGAAAAUGAGAAUUAGUUCUCUAAUGCCAUGUCCGUAAUUUAUAGCAGAAAAUCUAGCAUUAAUUCGAUCUCAAACGGAUUAAUGUAAAGAAGUUAUUACUCACCACCUGCGUAACGUCAUUCACCAACGUGGUUGAAGACAGGUUUGCGACAAUACGGUUUCAGGAAACAGUUGUGACUAGCUAGUUGAUUUGUUCAAAGAUGCAUCGUACUAUGGUAGUUCAGCAGCGAGUUACAUCGUUGUCGGGAAACGCACCCCAGGCUGGUUUAUGCUGGUUAGAGCUGGUAUAGUGCUGGUCUAGCUGGUGGACAAGCAUCGUCAUGCUGUUCUCAAGCAAAAUUGAACUGGUAUACAGUAGCUGGUCCACCAAAAACAUACCUUAUGCUGGUGACCAGCAAUGCUGGAUUUUUCAGCAGGGAAGUUGUCAUUUGAUAACCAGUAAUCACUAAAAACAGUGAUCUAUGAUUCAUUAUUGCAUGUUGUAUGUGUUUGAUUCACUAACAAGAACCAACUCAUAAGAGUCAUUUGUUCAGUUGUUAGACUACACUGGAUGCUCCGUUUGUUUUGGUCAACUAAAAAGAACUGGCUCAUAAGACUCGUUCAUUCUGGAAUCGGACUAGUCUGGUCGUGCUGUUUGUGAUUCACUAAAAAGAACCAGCUUAUAACACUCUUUUUUUCAAGAAUCGGAAUAAACUGGUUGUGCUGUAUGUUUAUGAUUUACUAAAAAGAAUCGGUUCAUGACAGUUGUUCAUUCAGGAAUUGGGUUGUGCUCUAUGUUUGUGAUUCACUAAAAAGAACCGGCUCAUAAGAGUCAUUCAUUCUGGAAUCGGACUAAACUGGUCGCGAUGUUUAUGAUUUACUAAAAAGGACCACCUCAUAUAGUCAUUCGUUGGGGAAUCAGGUUUUUCACACUGUUUUGCGCAGCAGAUUAGGGCUGCAUUCGAAAGCUUAAGCAGCUGACUAUCAGGCAAUAACUUUGCAGGCCACUUUGCACACGAAAGUACCUCACGAAAGGUUUCUGAGGCAGUAUAACAGUGAUCUACAACAAAAAAGAGACAGCUUUUGUGAUAACUAAGUGAAUAUUUAAUUACUACAAUACUAAUUUCUUACUAGAAAUGACAUCAAAAGUGGAAAUGGCUGAUCUAAAAUGUACAUUUACACACAAACUAAGAACCAACCACAACUUUUAGAUGGCAAUUUUAUUUUUUUAGCUCAACUCUCACAGUGUAAUCUGACUCCUCAUGAGAUUAUGACUCCCCUGUGUCUUCCUGUGAGGGUUAGGGUUAGGAUUAGGUGUGGGCUUUAGAGAUUAGGGACUACUCAGGUAUAGCAUCCUCCCCACCGAAUUAACCAAUCAGGAGCAGGGGAGUCAAAAUUUCACGGCGAGUAAAAUUUCGGUACAACAACUGUGUGAACUGAAUGCACAGGGUACUGGGAAAUCAUAAGCAGCGAAGGAUACAUCUAUGCGGCCUCCAAAAAUCGAUCAGAUGAAGGUAUCUCAGUAGACAGGAUGUUGCACAAGCAUUGGAUUCAGGUGUGCCUUGACUUUCUACCUCUGUAUCCUGCUUGUGGAGGCAGUAUUUUUCAGCUUUUGGACAAAGCCAUGACGUCGCUGAAUAGUGCAGAUAUUCUUUACACAAACCGUUAAAAAAAUGGAACUGGCUCGAAUAAGUACCGAUUCUCCGUUUCCAACCCUAAAAUAAUAAAUAAAAUGUUUCAGUAUAAGCACCAUGGUAUAAUAUUACAUAAAAGGAGUAUGAGUCAAAUUAUGAUGCAUAAAAAAGAAUGGCAUACUUGAAACAUACAGCCCUGGGCUAAUGUUUGCUAAUUCAGCUUAGAGUGCUUUUUCAAACUGUUGACAGAAGGAUGAGAGAUUUGUCAUUGUUAGCAUUCUCUCUGAUGCUUUGAGCAAUUUGAGCUCAUGGAGGUCACUGAAGAAGGUCAUAAUGUGCCACAUGUGCUAACAUGCUCACUUUAUACCAAGAGACUUGCUAAUAGGCAUAACAGUGUGAACUACCCCUUUUACGCAGAGCGAACCUUCAACACAGUUGUGACUCUGAUUACAUCCAGCUGUGGUCUAUUUUUUUUUUUUACAUGCUGUGACUAGAAAAAAAAAACUAUAUAUAUAUAUAUAUACACACACCUUAUUGUAUAUAUAAUAUGAAACUGAAACACCUGGUUUUAGAAUUUAUUAGUAUGGUAUAGGGCCUCCUUUACAGCAUCAAUUCGUCUUGGGAUUGACAGAUAAAAUUUCUUUGCAGUGCCCAGAGGGAUUUUGAGCCAUUCCUUCUCCAGCAGUGGCCAGGUCAAUAUGUGAUGCUGGUGGAAGAAAACGUUUUCUGACUUGCUCCUCCAAAAUACCCCAAAGUGGCUCAAAAAUAUUUAUAUCUCGUAACUGUCCAGGCCAUAGAAGAUGUUCAGCUUCACUUUCAUGUUCAUCAAACCAUUCUGUCACAAGUCUUGCUGUGUGUAUUGGUGUAUUAUCAUGCUGAUACACGGCACCCCCUUCAGGGUACAAUGUUUGAACCAUUAGCUGCACAUGGUCCUCCAGAAUGGUUUGGUGCGCAUCAACAAUUUGGCAUCUUUUGAACUCUGAUAUGGCUUCCAUUAUGUUGUGUGGUUUGCAAUACACUGUAUAUACUCAUAUUUAGGCAAACCUCUACUAUAUUGGCCAGUGUUUCCAACCCUUGUAUAUAUAUUACAUUUUAUUUUACACAUUAUUCAAUAAUUUAGAAUAGUAUUAUUUAUAUAUUUUUUUUUAUUUCUGAAAAAAAUAUGUAAAGUUUUCUUCAGUUUAAUUAAGCUAAUUUUUAUUUUUCGAGUGCGUAUGCCACACAUUGUCAUCUAACACUUGCGUGUACUUAAAAGUCCAAUGAUACUCCAGAGUGACUGAAAGUUAAAGAUCACUGAAUCAGAGAGGAAUGUUGAGGGAAUUGUAAUUCAAGAACAACUAUAGAGACCAGCGCUUCAUACUCUACUAUUUUUGGAAAUUUAUACAAAUUACUUUGUGGUUGUGUGAUGUGUUUUAAAAAAGAUUUACAGGGGUUUUAAAUCCAUACCAAUGAAUCAAGAUAUUGACAGACCAUGAACACAACCAGCAUUCCAACCUUUGGGUUUUUGUGCAUAAGAGCAGCUGUUUUACUGACAUGUUUUUCUGUGGGUCAGAGGGUGUUAAACCCUUAAACCUCAGUCUAUUACAGAAGUGCCACAAUAAAAGUGUGUAAAUCUCUGCCAUUUAAACCACAGGCGCUAUACAAUAAUUUACCAGUGAUUUAUUCAAACAAAGCUCCAUAAUGAUUGAGGAUAAUGAGGAUGUAAUGGCUUGAUUUUAGCUCAAUGAAAAUGCAUGGUAAUGUUAUUUAGAGCUGAGAUGGUUGUUGUACUUUUUUUGUUCUCAAUGAAAGAUUGACACAUUAACAUUUUUGUACAACCUUUUAAGGAUCAAUUUGAUACAAACACUCAUACUGAUCAUGUUUGCUAUGAUUGUUCCAGCAAAAGCUCUUUUUUUCAAAACGCAGACCUUUUAAAUACAAAAAAAUCCACUAAUUAGUUUCAGGUAAUGCAAACAAACAAUGGCUAAAAGAACAAAGCACCAAAGGGAAUUGUAAUGAGCUCACCAAGAAAUGUUCACAGCAACAGUCUAUUUACCUUUACAUGUGUGCUCUGGAGCGCCUUCAGCCUUGUGUUUGAGAAAAUGGCCAGCCAGCAGGAAGAAUUUAAAUGAGUCUUGCAGCAAUCAUCUUUGUUCGCAGUACUGUUUGAAUGAGGUUUCACACAGCUCAGCAUCUGAUGAGAGGAAAUCAUUUGUCAUAAAAGAUGACUAAAUAUAAAUAUGUACAUUUUUUCCUGAUCAAAAUGUUUACAGCUUUAUUGUAAUAUAAAUGAGAGAUCUGACUAAAAAUGAGGCCAUAUGAUUUAAAAGCUUUCAAGGCUGAUUAAUGUGGAAUUACAGGCCAUGCAUUGUAUUGCAUGUGUUUUAUGCCACAUGUUGUGAAUGAUGCACACAUGCAAAUUUGACAUUUCUGUAUAGUGUUGAAGAAAUAAACCCACUUUGUUUUUAGCUGAGAUGAAAUAUGAGCUUAUUUAUGUCUAUCAGACAUGUACUGGGCACUGUGUAUGUAUAGGUUUUUACUGCAUUGCAUCAUUUCCCAGUAGGGAACUGGGCAUUUACAGGCCUUAAAAAUUAUAACUGUCAACUAAUAAAUGGCUUUUUCUUUUCCA